AUGCUAUUUUUAAUUGUUGGGAUAUCUGGCAACUUGGGCCUGAAGCUGGCCGAUGCACUUAUUCGACGAGGCCACCAGGUCCGUGGUGCAUCAAGGUCCAAGUCUUCCGUUCCUGAAAAAGAUCUGGUGAGGUUGGAGAGUUUUUAUCAGACCAAGAGUUGGUGCGAUGCGGACACUCUUAGACAAGCCGUUCGAGGCGUGGACACGGUCAUUUGCGCAUACACUCCGAUACCAUGCCUAGCCUUGGAGGCGGAGCUACUUCUCGUCCGAAUUAUGGAAGAAGAGGGCCGGUUCGUCCCAUCUGCCUGGAAUUUGGAUUGGUCUCAGCUUGAAUGGGGCCAGGUGCCCUAUUAUGACGUCUUUCUUGCCCUUAAGCGUCAACUGGAGCUCUCAUCUACUGUCAAGCCACUCUACAUCUUUGUUGGAAUCUUGUGUGAGGUAUUCUUCUCCGUCCCAGACCAUGGAGGCUUCGCACCUGCAAACCAAGGCGUGUGGGAUCCUGCGCCCAAGAGAGCCGUGGUGUGGGGGUCUGGACAUGAAAAGUGGCAGAUCACGACGGAGUACGACGCAGCUGAGUUCACGGCGGAACUCAUCCAGGACCUCUCCAAUGAAACCGGAAUUUACAGAUUCUGCAGCUUCGAGAAAAGCACACGGGAGAUGGCGGAAGCAUACGAAAGGGCUCGUGGCGUUAAAGUGACAAUCGACACGGCUGGAAGCCUAGAGGACUUGAAGGUCACCGCGAGAAAUACAGUGGAGAAAUUAGGAUUACAGAGAUUCUGGGAGUGGAUGGGAUACUUUUAUCAAAUUUACCAGCUGAAUGGAACUUUCCAUAUGAAAAAUCUGGACAACGACCGCUACACAGCUGUCGACGCGACCUCUCUGGAAAGUGUAAAUGAACGGUGCGAUAAAAAUGAGGCUAUUGAGCCGGCUGUUAAUGCGUUCAUAUCGACUGGCCAUGGAAAUAAGUUUGUCAAGGCUGCAAAUGUAUGUCGAGUUUGCGUGAUUGCUGUGAUUCCCCGUGGGGAACAAUUCCAAUUGCCCGAUUGGCUGACAGCGAACAGUACUGUCGGCUUCCCUCCGCACACCCCGCCAGAGGGUCUGCUUGUUAGACUGCACCCUUUCUCGUUACUGCUCAAGUUGUCCAGAUCCAAAACUCGACAUGGAUCAGGAAGACCAGACUGCCAGCCAGCCGAGAAACAGCUCAGAGCAAGCGCGGAAGCAGACACGGCGGGCGCAGGACGGCGUGUUCAUGAGCUCCAAUUCCUCGCCGUGGGCAUGCUACCAGUGCAAGAGGUCAGUCAACCCUUUAUUCGCUUUGCUCCCGAUACACUGACUCGGAGUCCAGGAGAAAAGUCAAAUGGCAGCAAUCGAAAACGAAAAGCCUCAAAUUCCCAACUCCCCACCCUCGAUAAAGAGUGCCGCACCAGCCGUCUGCGCGAGAUCGAAGGCGGAUACCAGCGAUCAGACUGUAUCAGCACCGGAGCAAGUAGGCCAUUACGCCACCAGCAGGCACUGAGGACCAAGGGUAGUAGCAUAUCCAACUGGAUAUUUCACCACUUCCACGAGAGGCAGGCCUAUCGAGAUGAUAGCGAGAAUAGUCGAAAAGUCUCUCCUUCACCUGAGGCUCACUUCCUGCCGACCCCACCUGAGGUGGUCCAGCAGAAUAACAUUGCCUGCAUAUGUCAUAUAUUGGGCUUGGAACAGAGUCAGUUAUCUCGGCUGACUGAUCUAUAUUUCCUUCAUAUCACAUCAAUUUCACUCUUUCACCGCCCUACGUUCGAGCGACGCGUCUAUGUAGAACUUAUGCCCGAGCAAGCGAGCACACUGCUGGCUUCUAUGUUUUGCCUGGCCUCGAGGUACGCUCAAUCAGGCGACGGCAUCGGGGCGCUUCUCCCUGAGUGCUUCUACGAGAUCGCAUCAGACGCUACCCACAAGCAACUCCGGAGUUGCGGAGACAGACCUCCACAGCUAUUUCUCCUACAGGCUCUCGUGCUAACGACUUAUAAUGAACUGGUGACUGGUGUUCGGGGAGUGGCGUGGAGGUCGCUGGGGCUGGUUAUUCGGAUAGCGUACGAAAUGGGACUUCACUUGGUUGACAUGCCAUCCAGAUCAAUGAGAAAAGAUGACCCAGAGUCGGUCGAGGUGUGGAUUUCCAAGGAGGAACGCCGCAGGUUGUGGUGGACCAUUUGGGAGCUCGAAGUAUUCGCUACCACCAUACGAAGAUGUCCAAUCGGCAUGGACCAGAGUCAGCAUGCCACGCUUCUGCCAGUCGAGGACACUUUCUGGUUUGACGGGAAGAAAUCGCCAAGCUGCUUCCUUGACGCUGACCCAACGCUUCGGUGGAAAAACUUGCAGAGGAGCGGCAAUGAACAUAGCAGGACAUGGUUUAUCGUCAUCAACUCUUUCAUGUACGAUGCACACUCCCUGGCGAAUCCUUCCGUGCCCCACGAUGUUACAUUCGGUCGCGGCCAACCUUCAGAUGACCAGCGGCACUCCCACUCUGCCGAUAUUGGUCCCCAACUAGUAGUCCUCGAGAACUGCGUCUCGUGUUAUUCUAUGGCACUGCCUAAGCAACUGCACUAUCCGCCAGAUCUAUCAUAUUCAAACGAAACGACCUUCUGUGAUUCGAUGAAGCGAAAGAGAGACUCCGACAUACAAGCGAUACAUGUCAUGACUCAACUUGCAAAACUCAUGGUUUUGCACAACGACUGCUUCCGGGACGAACGUUCGGGUGCCGGCUCUCAGACCGAAGAGGUAGACCGUACUUCCUCGAGCCCGAUGCGUGAAGCACCUCGUCCUGUUGACGAAGCCGCAACCCAUCUCAACACCCUCUCGCCUAGAUACCUCCGCGCUGCAGAGCAAGUAGUCAACAUUGUGCGCGAUGCCACGCCAUACCGUAUUAGCGAUGGUGAUCCUCUUCUAGCAAACACUUUUUGGAUGGUUGCUGCUAUCCAAAUCGUCCAGGCGACAUUCGCAGAGACUCAAUCAGAGAGGCUGGUGGCGCAAUCAAACCUCGACCUGCUACGCCUGACCCUGAUCCAGCAUAGAGAUUUCUGGAAUACCUCGUCUAUUCUGGUGCAGAAUCUGGACAACUUGGAGGAUGCAAUGGAGAAGGUCCACUCCCGUGUGAUCUCACUUGUUGCCACUCGGAGUCAGACUCGCACAUACCCACCCUCGCCAGAUGAAGAGAGAGUUCAUUACGGCAGCGAUAUAGCCUUGACCCAGAAUUCGAACUUUGCGGGAGGGCUGAAUAUGGAGCCUCUCACGCAAGGGCAAGACGCCUCAGGCGAACUUCCUGAAGCUGAAGUGUGUCCGAAUAGCGGCGUUAUUUCUUUCGAUGACGAACUUCCGCCUUGUGACACAACACUUGUCGGUGACUCCGGUAUGGGAUUAUCCAUGGACUUAUCCAUACAAGCCAUUAUAUCAGGAGCGUGGGAAACUUCGAAUGACCUGUUCUACAAUACGGACAUUCUGGAAAAUUCCAACUACUUCUCAUAG